AUGUGUCCAAUGCCGGGCGGCAGCCAGUGUGAGAUCACAUUCCCAACGCGAUGGCGUCCAGGAGCAGACUCCACAUCCGCGGCCCUGGGUAAGCUGCAUCCUGAAUGUGAAAUUCUAAACGAGAUAAAGAGAGACAAAGUACAAUGUUUACAAAGCAUUAAAGAGCUUCCUAACAGCAAUAGCGAGGCACAGCUUCAAAAGAUUCUCAGUGAGCACCUGCAUCCCUAUGAGCUUGGUAUUUUGCUGAUGUUUUCAAGGUUCUCCCUGAAGGAUCUGGCUAUGAUUCAUGGGUUGCACAAUGAACUAAUUCCUAAAGUACCAGGCUUUGGCAUUAAUGCCCUAUACGCCGAUGUGCUGCUGAAGGUCUUGUGGGUAUUAUCCCUGCCUUUGAGCCGCAAGCUCUGCGUUCGAGUCCAGCCCCAGGACAUGAUGGCCAAGGAAGUUGUGGACCAGCUCCUUCCCAUCUCUGGGAUCUCCUCCAGCUCACAACCCCCUGAGGUGUCGUACUACGGAAUAAUACGGAUAAUCUACUCUGUGGGUUACAGCCUGUCACUGGUCAUCCUUUCAGUCGCUGUGGUCAUCUUGUCAGUCAUUCGGAGGCUACACUGUACCAGGAAUUAUAUCCACAUCCAGCUGUUUAUCACCUUCAUUCUUCGGAGUUUGUCGGUCUUUAUUAAGGACGCGGUUCUCUUCGGCGACGCUGACGUUGACCACUGCACCUUUUCCACGGUGGGGUGUAAGAUAUCUGUGGUGUUCUGCUACUUUUGUAUGAUGACAAAUUACUUCUGGCUGCUGGUGGAGGCUCUGUAUCUCAACUGUUUGCUGAUAGUCUCCUUCUCCUAUGGCAAAAGUUACUUCUGGUGGUGGAGUAUCCUGGGAUGGGGUGUUCCCACUGUAUGUACCAUUGUCUGGGUGAUUACAAAACUUCUAUUUGAAAACACAGAGUGUUGGGAUAUUAUUGAAGACUCUCCAUACUGGUGGAUAAUCAAAGGACCAAUUGUGGUUUCUGUUGCGGUCAAUUUUGUACUUUUUAUUAACAUCAUCCGGAUCCUGAUCCAAAAGUUGAUCCCCAACGAGAUCCACACAGCUAACUUCGCUCAGUACAGGCGACUGACCAAGUCGACCCUGCUCCUGGUCCCUCUGUUUGGCGUGCACUACAUCGUGUGUGCUUUCCCUCCUGAUGGCGCCGUGUUGGCAACCAGGCUGUAUCUCGACCUCUGCAUCGGCUCUUUUCAGGGUUUUAUCGUGGGAGUGUUGUACUGCUUUCUGAACCAGGAGGUACAGACUGAAAUACACAGAAGAUGGCUGCGGAAGAGACUGAAUAGUUAUGGGGCUGUGCCAGUCAUGGGGAAAAGCCAUAUGGACACUUGUUGUUGA